UGAAAAAACGUUAAAAAGCCGAGGGACAACCGGUGCAGAAUUAUUUUUCCCUCCUCAUAUAGAAACUUGAAUUCAAGGGGUCAAGAUGGUUUAGGGUUUUUAAGGGGGUUUGUGUUUUCGGGUUCGCGAGUGUUUUAUGCGUUUUAUAUAUGUGAUUAGUGUUGUUUAAUUAAUAAUAGUGGUUAUAUAUAUAUUUUUUUUUUACAAAGUGUCACGCGUUAUUGUUCCUAUUUAUCGCGAGUGUUUUUUUUUUUUUAAAUUUAUUAUUACGUUUCAAUAAAUAUAUAAGCAAGUUCAAUAAAAAUGUCUUUUUCCAAAGCGAGGAUUCAACGAUUCAACGAACUUGGAAGUGAAGCACCGCCACCGGGAGCUUACGAUCCAAAAUUUGAAAAUAAAGUCAAAGGACUUGCAAUUGAAAAAACGGAGAGAUUUCAAGAUACAAAAAGUGUAUCGAGUAGUGCAGAAUGCAUUUCAGUUUCAAGCAAAGGGGCUGGCAGUACCACUGGUCUUAAAUUUAAAACGCCACCGGUUCCAAGGAAAAAAGUAAUUGUUAAACAUGGAACAAUGUCUUGUCCAAGGGCAAAAACAAAGCCAUUAAUUUGUUUAAAAGAAUCAAAAGCACAAUACGAUGUGAAAAAUGAAUUAGCCGAUUUAAAAGUUGAAUGUUUAAAUAAAAAUAAAACAAUUCAGGAUCAAGAGAAACAUAUUGAAGAUAUAAAAGAAGAAAUAAUUGAAAUUACAAAACGAUUUAGGGAACUUAAUGAAAAAUCAAUUGCCGAUGAAGAACAAUAUCGACGUGAUAUCGAAUCAAUGGCGAAAUUACAGCAGGAAGUAUUAGUGAGUCAACAGGAGAAGCAUAAAGUUGAAUUGGAUUUUUUACGUAAACAAUUAAUGGAAUUGGCUAAUUUUAAAAAGGAAGAAAUUCUUCAACUCGAUAGACGGGAACACGAAUUGGAAAAUAUAAUAUUAACAUUACGACAAAAUGAAAUUGAAUUAAAUAAUCGAAUUGCAAUGUUGGAAAAUAAUUUAUCAAAUGCUCAUGGUGUUGGUGAAUUGGCGAUAAAUUUAAAAAAAGCCGAGGAACGAUUAAAUGAAUUAUCAACGGAAAUGUUUGAAAUUAUUGACACUAAAGAUCGUGAAUUGGAAACUUUAAUGGAUAUAAAAACUGAAAUUGAAAACGAAUUAAUCAUCAUUCGCGAAGAAUUUCAGGAAAGUCAACAGAGAGCCAAUAAUUUGGAGCGAAAUUUGGAAAAUUUAACAGAAACAUUAGAAAUGAAUGUUGCAUCAUCGAAAAAUAAAUUUACAACAGAAAUUAUUGAUUUUAUUGAAUCAUCAUUAAAUCUCAAUGAGAAAGGGGAGAAUAAAUUUUAUUUGGAUAAUAAGGAAAUUGAGGUGAGAUUUAAUGAAAUUAUUGAAAAUUUUAAAAUGACAAAAAAUCACGAAAUCAAUGAUUUAAAGGGAAAUUUUGAAAUAAUGGAAAAUAAAUGUGAAAUGGAAAAAUUAAUGAGACAGGAAAUUGAAUUAAAACACAAGGAAACGAAUGAAACUGUACAAUUUUUAAAUGAAGAAUUGGAAAAAAUUCAAAGACUUUAUAAAGAUGCCUCCCUUCAAUUACAAAUGUCGAACGCCAAAUUGGAAACAUUAAACGAGAAUCAAUUGCAAAUUGACGAUGCGCAUAAAAAAAAAUUGGAAAAACUUGUGAAAUUUCACGAAGAGGAGGAAAAUAAAUUGAAGAACUCGAUGGAGGACGCACGAUUAUUAUAUCUUCAACAAAUUGAAAACAUGGCGAAUGCAAGAGAUCAAGAACUUAAAGACCUGGAGGAAAAAAUGGAGAAAACAAUUGAGGAUGAAAGAAAACGAAUAAAGGAGCACGCCGAUAAACUUGUGGAAAAUGCCGAAGCAAUUACACGUGAAACAUUGGCGGCAUGUCGAGACGAAAGUGAAGAACGCGUUAAAAGAGUAAUUACAGAAUCUGAUAUAAAAAUAAAUAAUAUAAAAAAAAUAGCGGAUAAUGAAGUUUGUUUGGCUAAUGAAAAAUUGACAAUUGAAAAACAAUCAUUCGAGGAAAAAUUAUCCGAGGCAAAUUUAGAAAUUACACAAUUAAAAUCAACGCUCGAUGAAUUGAAAAACGCCGCUGAAACUCAGGAGAGCUUCAGUCAAAGUUUACAAGCUGAAUUGGAUCGCGCUGAGGCUGAAUUAGCUGAGAAGAAAGAAGAAUUUCGUAAUUUUAAAGAUCACAUUAGAACUGAAGCUGCCGAAAUGGUUUCGCGAAGAAGAAGAUUCGAGGUGGUAAUGUCAGAGAAUCAAGCGUCACUUGCCGCUCUUUCAAAUCGUUUAGCACAAAGUGAUAAUGAAGUAAAAAGACUUCAGCGUGAAUUGAAAAUUAAUGAGACAACAAUUUGUGAGCAACGCGAUUUAUUGUUGGCAAAGGAUAAUAAAAUAAAAAAUCUUGAGGAACAAAUUCAAUUAAUUUCCGAACAAUUAAAAACAAAGGAGUGUCUCAUCGAUGAGAUUGAGGAAAAUUGUCGUGUUGAAUUUCAAACAAUAAAAUUGGCAUUGGAAAUGAAAAUUGACAAUGUUAUGGAAACAACUGCUAAAGAAGUGUCACGAUUACAGGAGGAUUGCUCGAAUAAAACUAAAUUGAAUAUCGAGUUGAAAAAAUUGUUAGACGAAAUGUCGACAAAAUGGACUGAAGUGCAAGUAAUGUUAUUGCAAUUUGAAGAACAAAUUGAUGAGCAAUCGAUGGAAGUCGCAAAUUUAGAGGCGAAAAAUUCAAAACUCGAAGUUGAACUCAAAAAUCAAAUGAAUAUGGUAAAUGAAGGCAAAGCUCGAGAAUUUGAAAAUGAAGAGAAUCUGGAAAAAUUAAAAGAAUUGAAAGUGAAAAUAGAAAAUUUAGAAGCUACGAAUCUCGAAAUGAAGGAAAACAUGGAAAAAUUCGCGGAAGACAAGAAAUAUUGGAAAACAUUGGAAACAUCAUUAAUGGAAAAUUGGAAAAAAGAAAAAUUACACCGAGAGAAAAGUGAACGCGAAAUGAAAAUUCUUUCGGAAACUUUUGAACGUGUUAAAAGUGAAUACGAAGAAUUAAAUGAAAAAUACGCUGAAGUUUUGGGACAUCACAACAAUAAUCAAAGGAUCAAACAUAUCUCGAAAUUAAAGGAUAAAAUUCUCAAUCAACAAAAGGAUAAUCUAAAAUUAAAACAGGAGGUUGAAAACAAGACGAAACUAAUUGAGCAGCUGACGAAAAAUUCAUCCAUCAACAUUGCUGAUAAAUCAACGAAAUUUGAGGAAAAGAAAAAAUUACCCAAAGGAAAGGAGAAUAUCAACACAACAACAACAACAACAGCAGCAACUUCAUGUUUAGGAAAAACUACGCAAAAAAUUCAAAAAAAUUCCAUUACACUAUCAAAAAGUGCAAACACAACGCCUACAGCGUCUCCAUUACGUAAUAGAAAUGAGUAAUGAAAAAAGAAAAACAAAAAAAUGAAUGAAUAAAAUUAAAAAAGUAAGGAAUUAUAUUUAAUAAUAAAAGGUGAGAAUAUCGAUUAUUAUUAUAAUUAUAUAUAAAUAAUCAUAAGUAAAUUAAUUAACAUCAUCAUUAAUAGAAACUAAUAUCUGUUGAAAACAAAGAAAAAAAAAAAAAAUUGCAAUCCCCCCCAAAAAAACAGACUUCUAGAGAAAAUUAUUUUAGAGAAACGAAAAACUAAUAAUAAUUAUUUUAAAAAAUAAAUAUUCAGCACAUCACUGAGCAAUUUAUGCGCAAUUCUGUAAAUAAUUUAUGAGUUUUGAAAAAUUCGUUUUUGUUACGACAGCAACGACAAAUUCAUAAAGUCGAAAAAAAAAAUUUAUAUCUAGAUAUAUAUUAGAUUUAAUGUUCUUUUUUUUUACUCUUGCGAUUAGAGAAAUUUUAUUCUUCUAUAUUUAAAAAAAAAAAGAAAAAAAAAAACAAUCAAUAUUGCUCAGGAGAAUUAGACGAAUGAAACUGUUUUUUUUUUUAACUAAAAAAUAUUUUUAAAAUCAUAACGUCCAAAAGUUAUUCUUAAACUUUAAAAUUACCGACUAAUAUUAAAAUU